AGUGAGCUCAUAUCCAAAGCAUACCAACGGCAACGUCGGUACAAAGGCGAACACCGGCGAGAUCGAUUUGAACGGUGACGGCUAAUGUGGCGGCGAAGUAACUUACCGGUGAAUCCAGAUUCCGAUCAGAGCAUAUCUGAGGAAGAGGAGGAGGAGCAAAAUGAUCUGUGGCCUAGCGAGAAUGCAAAGGAAGAAGAGGGAGGAUUACUACUUCAAACAAAGCUCGAAAAACUCAUAGGUUGUGGUGAACUAAAUUAUGCUAGGGAUCCCGGUGAUGUAACUCUGGAAGCAACUCUACGGAAGAUAUCAUCGGAUUUCGUCCAAGUUCCUGAUUCCCCUGAGGAGACUUGUUUUACUUCUUCAAGAAGAACAGGAUUUGCAUGCAUAUCUGCUCAGGAAAGUGGGUCAGAUGAUGAGAUUCCACAUGAUGAACAAGUGGCAACUUGGUCUGCUAUAAGUAAAGAAACCAAGUCACUAACCCAUUUGAAUGGUAUUGCUUCAGUCGCAUCAUCCCAUCUAUGUGGCUUCAGAGCCAAGAGAAGUAGUAAAGUUGUCAAAGAUCAUGUGAGGCCAAAAUUUUCAUUUAACUCACAUACUCAUGGAGAAGCGUCAUCCAAGAUAAGUGACAUGGCUGAAAUCUUUGAGCCUGAUGCGGAGGAUCAGGCCAUAGAAGAGGAUCCGAUUGUUGAAUGCCCCAACAGUUUUGAUGAAAGAUCAGGAAACAGGCAGGGUGUUUCUGUUGCUGAGUCGAGAGAGGUUCUGCACGGGUGCACUGAAGAUGCGAUACCCAAGCUUCUAGAAAUUCCUCCAGAUAAGAUUAGACUGAUAAAAAGAAGCUCUAAACUGUACAGCAGACAUGAAGCAAAAAGUCGAAAAUUUGCUCAUAAGGGAAAUUCAUCUAACUUCCAAGAUAGUGAUACUGAUGAUGAACUUCCUGGACCUAUGGAUAGUGGAUCAUCAAGCGAUGAUGAGCCUAGUUAUCGAAGCUCAGUGCCAAACAUUUCUAACCAGAAGAAACAAUUUGUUGGAGACCGGUUUGAUGAAGCGAUAAAAGCUUCCUCUUUGAGCAAGGAAGGUCUCUUGUUCGGUUCACCUAGAUUAUCUGGUGGCUUUAGCCUGUAUGGCAAGCUACAACAGAUCAUAAAACAAGAAAAAGAGACAGAAAUGGAAAUCACGAGGAAAUUGCAAGGCGGAAUCGAACAAGCAGAUACAUCGAGCUAUCUUGACGUAGAAAUCAUAUCAAGACACUUGGAGGGAAAGCUGGUUGUCUGCAAAUGCUCCAUCAUUGACCUUUCUGGGGACUCCCUAUUACUCAAGAACACACAAGCUCUUGCAGCCAAAGAAACAGAAACAACAAUUGUUUUUAGUCCUAAAGUUUGUGCGGAUGUUGAUAUCGAAAUAGGAAACUUUAUCCGAGUAUAUGCACCAUGGAAGGAGUUGGAAGUGAAGAAAACCAAUGAUGUGAUUGUUUUGUCUUCAUACUUCUCAAGUUUGUAAUGUAACUCACACAAUGUCAAAAUGUGAAAAAAAAAAAAAAACUUGCAACUGAUUUUAUCUCUGCUUAUAAAAACGAUAAUUAAAGCUCUAUGAUUGAUAACAACGAGAAAUUGCAGAGUAUUGGACUUUUUAUGAUCAAAAUAGUAGAACAGAAUUAUGAUUUUCCAUAUUUAUGUGAUUUGUAAGAAACUGCAGAUUACCAGAAACUGCUGUGAGAUGUUGUAAUCAGAGUUUAAAUG